AUGGUUUGCAGUAACCUUGUCUAUCUCUACUUGAAUGUGGCCUUUAUUCAAAUGUUAAAGGCCGCGGCUCCAUUCACCACGCUGGUAAUCUCCUGGCUAUGGGGUCAGGAGAACCCAUCGCGACAGACAGUCUACAAGAUUCUCGUCAUUGUCUUUGGCGUGCUCCUGGCGAGCGCCGGAGAAAUCCACUUUUCAACCUUGGGUUUUCUAUACUCCUUGGGCGGGCUCGUCUUUGAGUCGCUUCGUGUGGUCAUGGUCAAAAAUUUGAUUUCCGGCACUGGUGAGAGUAUGGACCCCUUGGUCUCGCUGUACUACUACGCACCGGUUUGUGCGCUUACCAAUCUUCUUGUUGCCUUCACCGUUGAGCGGCACGAGUUUCGCUGGUCUGCCGUCUCCGAGGUGGGCUUGGGGUUGUUGUUUAUGAAUGCGCUCAUUGCAUUCUUUCUAAACGUUGCAAGCGUUAUGCUGAUUGGAAAAACAUCGGCAUUGGUUCUGCACUUGUGCGGUGUUCUCAAGAAUAUACUCCUCGUCAUUGCCUCGGUGCUGAUCUGGGGCACCACCAUUGCUCCACUGCAAGCCUUUGGGUAUAGCAUCGCCCUGCUCGGCAUGAUGUUUUACCAAACAACGUGGACAGAGCUCAGACACGGAUGUGCAGCAAUUGUGCUAUCGUAUAAGAAUGCGCCCAAUAUCAUUCACGGCCAUGUUCGCGAUGAUCAGCUGCAUGCAUCACGACACGGCACAUCUUUGGUCGUGGAUGUGGUUGGGUAA